UGCGCAGUGCGCAUCAAUGUUUGUCUUGGGCGUAGCUUGCUUCAAGGCUAGCUUCAAGAUGUCCGUGUCUUCGGACUCGUCAGAGAAGAAGACGGCCUCUGAUAGAGGCGGGGAAGACCGAAGGACCUCUCUCUCCAGACACCACCGUGACUCCGACCCGUACAUUCCUCACGUCUCGUCUUCUUCCUCGUCUGCACAGCGCCAGCCGCAGCGAAGUCCGACUCUCCCUCUCUCCGUGGCCCGACAGCUCCACCAUAGUCACGGCCACGGGAAGGAAGAGCCGUCGAGUAGCGAGUCUCCCUCGCCCGAAAGAGUCGCCAUAGCCGCUGGUUCAGGUUAUCAUCAUGGAGGGAAGAAGAGGAGCGGGGAGACAGGGGAGAGAGAGGGGGAAGGAAGGCUGUUUGUAUGACGGUCACCAGCCAAGGUCUUUACGUAGCAGCUCCAAGAGGGACUCACAGGGGCCCUCGUCUCACCACCACCAGGGAGCUGCCCUGGGUCUGGGCUGGGGGGAGGAGGUGGUCCUUCUGGUGGACCGCCAGACCUUCCCCGUGAACCCCAGACUGUUUACCAGAUACCCCAACACCAUGCUGGGCAGAAUGUUCUGCUCGUCAAUGGAGAACCAACUCACCCUCAAACCCAAUGAGAGAGGAGAAUAUGAAGUUGCACGAGGAAUAACCGCCAGCCUCUUCAGAGCUGUUCUGGACUACUACCACCAUGGAGUGAUCAGUUGUCCGUCCUCAGAGUCGGUCUCAGAACUGAGAGAGACAUGUGACUACCUCAUGAUCCCCUUCAACGAGAAGACCAUCAAGACUCAGAAUAUAUCUGAUCUGUUGAAUGAGCUGUCAAACGACGGAGCAAGGGCCCAGUUUGAGAAGUACCUCCAGCAGAAUCUGCUGCACGCCAUGGUCAAAUGUACUCAGAAGGGAGAGAGGGAGUGUCAGAUUGUCAUUCUGAUGGAGGAUGAUGUCAUUGAUUGGGACGAUGAUUACCCUCCAUCAGUGGGGGAGGAUCAUGUUGAACGGGUCACCAACUCUGAGUUGUGUCGGUUUUUCAAGUAUUUCGAGAACCGAGACAUCGCCAAGGACACACUACGGGAGAAAGGGUUGAAGAAGAUCAGAAUCGGAAUAGAGGGCUACCCUACAACGAAGGAGAAAGUGCGUGUCAGGGCACACACAGGAAGAACUGAAGUGGUGUACAACUACAUUCAACGGCCAUUUCUCCGUCUCUCGUGGGAGAAGGACGAAGCCAAGAGCAGACACGUCGACUUUACGUGCGUCAAGAUUAAGACGGACAUUGCCCCCGAUGCUGAGGCGGCUACCUUACUCUCGGGAAAUGAGGACAACAAUUUUGACUACUAGUGACACUAUUUUCAAGCCCCGCAGGCAUAUAAUGCUAUAAUCACACGUGGAAUGACAAUGCUGAGUUGCAGCAGAGAGAUCAUUAUUAUUCUUUAGUUUUAUAUAGCAGUCAUCAUCUUCUGAUUUUAUCACAACAGAUUAUUUCACUCAUGAUUACUGACUGAUCUUCACUACACACAACCAAAAAUUUCAAUGAUGUCAUGG